AUGGGAACAUCUAACAUCAAGUCUUUCAGUUUUGGCAGUAAGGACGACGGGAACGAAAGGACGAUAACGAUAAAUGAGUUACUUGAUCCAUCCUACGGAUGUUAUGUAUGGCCAUCCGCAUUCGUGCUCGCAGAAUAUAUUUGGUACAAACGGAGAGACUUUCAGGGAAAAGCAGUGCUUGAACUCGGAGCAGGCACAUCCCUUCCUGGACUUCUCUGUACAUCCUUAUCUCCUACAAACCACACAGUUCUCACGGACAGAUCAAACUUUCUUUUGGUCUUACAAAAUAUCAAGAAUAGCGUCCUUUUGAACAUACCAUUCUUUCAUGACACAACAGAUACUGUGUCUGAUUAUAAUGACUCAGAAAAUGAGAAACGAAAAUCAAGAAUCUGGGUACGGGGAUUAACAUGGGGUGAAUUUGCCAAUGACAAAGAUUGUCUGUCUGUACUUUUGGAUGAUAUAGAGACAUUAUGGGGCCGAAAGAUUGACUGGUUACUAGGUAGUGAUACCUUUUAUGAUCCUAAAGACUUUGAGGAUAUUCUUGGAACAAUAUCAUACAUACUAGCAUAUCAUUCACCAGAAGCGAAAUUUUUGACUACUUACCAAGAAAGAAGUUCAAAGCGCUCUAUUCAGUAUCUACUGGAUAAAUGGAAUCUUGAAUGCCGACAAAUAUCUCUAUCUGAGCUACGGGUUGAUCUAGAAAAGUACACCAUCGAUGACGAUACCCAGCAGAAUCAAAUAGGCAGCAACGACGUAUCAGAUGAUACGCAUAUCGACCAAACUAAGGAUAACCUUGAAUCGAAGAAACAUCACAGCCAAAUUAAUCCAUCAAUGGCAUAUGGGAAUUCAAUAGAGAGUAUAUUUCUUCUUGAAAUAAGUUUAAAGCAGUAA